AAUUUGUUAGGUUAUGUUUGAAGUUGUGAAGCUGAAAAUAACCAAAUAUUUUUAUUGUUUUUACUAAAUAUUUACAGCAAUAGUAAUUAAUUAUGUCUGAAUCGGACGCUAUAGAUAAUAAAGAACCCCAUAACGAACUUGUAGAAGAUGGCACUAACAAGUUGUUAGUCAGAUGUAAAUUUUGCGGUUCAAAGAUUUUAGACCGGAAAUCGGGAAAAUAUUUGAAACAAGAGAAGGACCUCCCUCUAAUGGAGCAGGAUAAGAACUCAGACGGACAGGUCCAAAGCGAAAAAAUAGAUGAAUUUUAUUUUGUCGAAAACAUGUACACUUUUGAGAACAUUGGUUUUACACACACAGUAGAUAAUUAUAAGUAUUUAAGUUGUGCGGAUUGUGACGCAGGCCCUGUUGGCUUCUAUGAUAUGAACACUAAACAUAGUUAUGUCGCUCUGUCUAGAGUUAAACAUGAAUAGGUUAUAAGUAACGUUAAGUUAACGCUUUUGCAAGUCUGAAUAUAGAAAUCUAUGUGAAAUUGUGAAUUUUAUUAUUUGUCAGUCAAUAGUGUAAGGGAACUUGUGAUUUUCUUAUGUUCAAUUUAUGAUUAAUCCCUCAGCCCCCGGAAUCACAGACACAAUAGAAAAUCUAUUGUCGUGGUCUCAUUGGGCCGCUCGGUGGUCAAUGGGUUAAA